AUGGGUCGCGUUAGGACAAAGACCGUCAAGAAAUCCGCGAAGAGCAUCAUUGAGCGAUACUACCCAAAGCUCACUCUUGAUUUCGAGACCAACAAGCGCAUUUGCGAUGAGAUCGCUAUCAUCUCUUCCAAGCGCCUUCGCAACAAGAUUGCUGGUUACACUACCCAUUUGAUGAAGCGUAUCCAGCGUGGCCCAGUCCGCGGUAUCUCCUUCAAGCUUCAGGAGGAGGAGCGUGAGCGCAAGGAUCAAUACGUUCCAGAGAUCUCUGCUCUUGACAUCUCCCAGACCGAGAGCGGCCAGCUCGACGUGGACGCCGAUACCAAGGAUCUCCUCAAGAGCCUCGGAUUCGACUCUCUCAAGGUCAACGUUACCCCAGUGUCUCAGCAAACCCAGAACAUUGAUGGCCGUCGAUUCGACCGUCGUUAA